AUGGAGUCCUUAUCCCAACGUGACUCGCAUGGGUUCCGUUCCCGCCGUUCUCACACAUCAUUACAACACAUCUCUCUGGCACCACUAAGUUCCCGGUUCCCACUAGACGAUGAUGACGAGGAUGGAGGUUACUUCUCUGUUAAUCAUGGUGGUGCAGAAAUGGACCCUGAUCACAGUGCAUAUCAACCUCAUACCAUGACCAGCUCUUACCUCUCCAGCAUCUCAGUACCCGCCACUCCUUCUCUUCUUUCUCAGUCACGAAAUGUUUCUCAAAUGAAUCUUACCAAGAAGAAGAGAACACCUCAAGGGGCGCCGAUGAGUGAAUCACACUUGGAUGCACUUGAUGUUGCGGGGCCACUCCAUCAUCAACAGCCACGUCGUCACCAGCGGACCAAAAGCCAUAACCCACGGAGCAGAAAGAAUGGAGCAAGUGGAACAACCACCCCACGGAUUCAAGAUAACGAGUGGCUAUUAAGGACUGGUUUAGCUCUGGCAUCAUCAACCCGUGAAGAAAAGGGCCAGUCAUGGCUGGUCAAGCGGGAAAGCUCGACGAGUCUUGUUUCACAUAGUGAAGACGGACCGAAGAACGGUAGCCGUGCUAGACACGACUUCCAAGGACGUCGGUCAGGCCUAUCUACUCCAGUAGUCCGGUCAAGAAGGGGCUCAAGUUCCCAUGCUGCAAGCAAACGGUCGAGUCGAGUUGAUCUCGCCAUGACACCAUCUUACUCUACCAGCCAUCAUAUCCAUUCUGGUGCCGUAACACCACGGUCUAGAGAUAUUCCAGGACUUGUGCCCGACUUUUUGGAUCAGUCCAUAAGAGAAGAAUUGGCCGCCUUACAAACCCGCUCUCCCGAGCAAGGGAGUGGCGCAAAUCACGACCUGAUAGAGCCUGAUUCAAUAUCGCUGUACCAGGAGUAUCGAGAUUACGAGUAUGAUUCUGACUCAAAUGAGGAUGACUCUGAGGAUGAGGAAAUCAGCGAAGCUGAAGUGCACCGUCUUACCCUCGAGCGUGGUUUCGGGUUAGGCUCCUGGAUAGAUAGGUUGGUUGAAUGGACGGUAUUUGGCACAGAAGACGAAUCAUUACAACCACCUACCCUAGGUAGUUCACACUGGCGAGGCCAGCAGGUCAACUUCAACCUUGAAGGCGAUGCACAGGCAGGCAGUGAGAUGGAUCCAACAGACAAGGUGGAGACCGCGUCUGAUGCAGGAAGCGAGAGAAGCUAUGGCACGGAUGUUGACCACGAGACUCUAUCGACUGCUAUGAGGAUAACUCCAGCGGAUUCACAAGGUGGUUGGGCAAAUGAUGUUAAAUGGUUAUUACGUGCUGCUGGGAAUGCUGUGUUAUGA